AUGGAAUUCGACGGCCGCCUUCUUCACUGCCCGGCGAAUCUCCUGCCCCUCUCGCCGGUCACCUUCUUGAAGCGGGCCGCUGCCCUCUACGGCGGCCGGACCUCCAUCAUCUACGGCACUCGCGCCUUCACUUGGGCCGACACUUACUGUCGCUGUCUCAAGCUUGCUUCCGCUUUGGUUCAUCACUUCCACGUCUCUCCCGGUGAUUUGGUUGCAGCGAUGGCGCCCAAUAUCCCAGAGAUAUACGAGCUUCACUAUGCAGUUCCAAUGGCCGGAGCCAUCAUUUCUCCUCUCAACACAAAGCUGGACUCCGCCACUUUAGCAUUACUCCUCCAUCAACUACGCCCCAAAAUCAUCUUCGUCGACUCCCAAUUUCUUCCUAUCCUCCUCCAAUCCCUCUCCCAAAAUAAUGCAAAUUCCAUCAAACCCGCCGCCGUCGUCAUCGUCAUCCCCACCGGCCCACCCGAAGUUCCAACCUAUGACGGAGUUCUUGCCAUGGGAUCCGAC